AUGGCCAGCACGCAAGGUCGUCCGCUGACUACCGCAGAAAGCUUUCUGUGUGGUGGUCUUGCAGCAUGUAUCGCUGUAACUGUUUCCAAUCCUGCCGAGGUCGCAAAAACACGCAUGCAGCUUCAAGGUGAACUGGCAAAAGGCGGCGGUGAAAGGGUCUACAAACAUGCACUCGACGUCCUCUCCAAGACUUGGAGAAAUGAGGGAAUUCGCGGACUUCAGAGAGGUCUUGGACCAGCUAUGCUACUUAACGGCUCUCGGCUUGGACUUUAUGAGCCGUUCCGGCGAACCAUUAAUCGUGUCAUUGGCAGGCCGGUGACGGAUCAAAUACCCUUGACAUCUGUAACUGCUGGUGCUGUCAGCGGUGCACUGGGAGCUGCUCUUGGAAAUCCCUUAUUUCUCAUCAAAGCUAGGAUGCAAGCUUAUUCCCCCGCACUGCCAGUUGGUACACAGCACUUCUACAAAAAUUCUUUCGACGCCUUGUCAACAAUAUGGAAGUCUGAGAAAAUUCGCGGUCUCUACCGUGGCGUAGACGCUGCUAUCCUCCGUACUGCAAUGGGUUCCUCUGUGCAACUGCCGACGUAUAACUGGACAAAGAACCAACUUAUCACACGCGGCAUUCUGCCUGCAAAUAGCGUGUGGACAUACCUGGCAAGCAGCUCCGUCUCCGGCGUUUGUGUGUGUCUCGUGAUGCAGCCUGCUGAUACAGCCCUCACAAGAAUGUAUAAUCAGCCUACCGUGAUGGGCCCUGACGGUAAGCGUCGAGGGAGCCUGUACAAGAGCCCUAUCGACUGUCUCUGGAAAACCUUCAAGGUAGAGGGAGUGUAUGGGUGGUACAAAGGUUCAACCGCACAUUUCCUACGUAUUGCCCCACAUACCAUCAUCACCCUAACUGCGAAUGACAUCAUUCUAACUGCAUACGGGAGACUCGCCUCGAGUUGACCGCGUCGUACAUGGUAGAAACUCAUUAUCUGGUAUUUAGUUGAUAGUACGAUGUAGACGUAGAACUGGUUUCAGAGGGGACCCAGCUCCGAACCUCGACAUUACUACACUGGUAUAUUACUAGAUGAUCGUAUAGAGAAGAGGUACAUGUUGAUCAUCCCGACGAAGUAUUUGGUAUUAGCGUCCAUCUGGAGUUUCUUUUCGUUGCCAGGUAAACCACUGAACCGGGGGAUCUGUCCAUCCAUGCUGACGGCUGUGUGGGUAUUAAAUUCGUAACCUAUGUAUACGGGGGGUCAAUGACACUGGCAUUGCGUGCGGG